AAUCAUUAAAAGAUUUGAGCAAUUUGGUCCGUGCACCUGUUCUCCUUUCGGCACGUUAAUUAUACAAUACUUAUGUAGAUUCUUAGGUACUCGGGAAUUAGUACUCAAAGCUAGCUACCCAUCAUCUAAGAUUGGUAACCAGGCAUUGUACAACUUCAUUCUGCCAGAAUAUAGGUUUUUAUAGUGACUUCAUUUAUAUCUUUUUUUUCCCUCUUCAUACCGUAUAUACCGGUAAAUGGAACAACCUAUAUGCCUUCAGGAGCUCUAGGUUCAGACGCGUCGCGUCUACCGUCCAGCGGCACUCACAUGCCUUCGGUCGAGGCCCAUCUUGACCUUAAUCAUGGAGAUCCCGCGGAUGGCUCCCCGAGCCCGAAGCGCAGAAAGGAUGUUGAAGCUAUGGAAGAACUCCUACGGCCUUCAAUCGUAGUCAAGCCAUACCCUCCAAACAUUUCGAUCAAACCUCGCAGCCUUCAACCUCUAAUGAUUCUCCCUCGAGAACAUCUGCAGCUCUCAUUCCUCGACCUCUCUUCACCUUAUGGAAGCUUCGAAUUCUCCCGAUAUUUCGAGUCGAAGAUUAAAGUUCUGGAGCUCGAGAGUCGCAUAGGAUCCCGUCCAGUUGUUCUCAUUGCCCGACUAGAAUCCGACAAGACUCUUUACGUAUUAGAACGUCAGACGGAUGGAUUAUAUACACUUUGCCAAUUCGGUUCAUGGGUGGACCUCAGAGAACUCCGUCGGCUUGCUACGGUAUCAUGCAAUCAGUUUAUCGAAAAGCGGCCCAGUAGUUUCAUAAACCCCAAUACAUCCGUGCCAUUGACUACUCCUCACCUGCACCAUGAAACUAAAAAGAGGAGACUUGCGAUAGAAGCUAUACAAUCCCUAGUCAAGAAGCCUUCGAGAUCUCGUUCUGUUUCAACAACGUCACAACUUGUUCCACCCGCACGGCCACUUACACCCGCCCAAGAUAAUGACCAGUCACAGUCCGAAACCGCUCAAAUCUCUCUAGAAAGUCUCUUUACCGAGAGGUCGGAAUCUCAAACCCAGAGCCAGGCAGCGAAUACCCAUGCAGUAGGCCAAUUGGUGACGACGCCAACUGCCGAGGGCAUAUUUGAAAAUAUUCGUAAUCAGUAUUUUGAAUCCCUUUAUCAUUCAAUGGGUUCCCUGGCAUAUUUUGCGAAAGGUCCUUUAUCUCGCGCACGUGCCGCUUUCCAUCUAGAUUGCGAUUCCAAUCUAGACAUGAAUGAUCUCGUAGACUUUUUGAGAAGUCUUGUGAUGACAACUACUCAGAUCGACAAGAAGUAUCGAGAAACAAUUCCGGACUUGAUUUCAAAAAUGAAACCUAUUUUUCAAGACUCUGAUGUCGAACAAGCUAACGUGAAGACCAAAAAGCGGAAGGCCAGGAAGAUGAAGCUGGGUAAAAAUGGGUUGUAUCCAAUGGAGCAUGAACAUAUUCAAAAGUGGUGGGGCGCUCGCAAACCGGAUUUCAAGGACGAUGAGGCCAUGACUACGGUAGAACCGCAGGAGACUAAACUUCAAGUAGCCUGGUUACGGUCGAGAGAAACGCAAUUACAGAUGAUCAUUAUUCUCGAAAUUAUGGCAUUGGAACCACUGGUUCCGCCCCAGAAUAAUCAGGAUUCACAACUGCCAGGCCUACCGCUCGAAGAGACUCUUGCCGAGGCACUCAAGGACAGUUCUACUAAGAAACGCAACAAACAUAACUUACCUUCCCUCGUUGAUGUUCACGCGGAUCGACUAUGCAUCUGGCAAUCUACUGCGUUAGACGAGGUUAAGUUGCCAAAUGAUACCCAGGCGAGCACAGAGUUAGAAACGCAGAACUCAUUAAGGGCUACAUCAGACCCGUUAAAAGAUUUCUGUGUCGAUAUUAUUAUGCCAUUCUUCUCCGCCAGGUUGCCGGAGAAGUGUGACUCGAUCACCCGUAAGUUAGGCGGGCCAGUCAUGAUACCGCCAUCCAAACCGAAGGCGAAGAAUCCCGAAAAAUCGGAGUUAGUUGUAAAAUUAAAAUCAAAAUCUAGCUCUGCGACAAAACGCCCAGCAUCCAGAUUAUCUCGAACACUUGAGAGUGUUCUUUCCAAGGAGUCCGAGAAGCAUCGCCGAAGCAUGUCGCGUGGCCCAAGCGGGGUGAUAGCAUUGAUGAGAUCCGCUUCUACUUCCAUGUUGAAGCGAGAGGCCAGUGAACCAUUAUCUAUGACGAACAUCCCCAAGGCAGAUUCCGUCACAUCGAAAAAUAGCACAUCACGUGCGUCCGUAUCAACACCCAUUAAGCGGAGAUCAGAAGGGGACAAGGCAAAGAAGGAUGCUUUGGUCAAGGCAGAAUUGCACGACGCGAUAUCUGCCCUUAGACGCCCUAACAGAGAUGUCGUCAGUAAAGCCAUGGCCGAAGCAGAUGAGAGACGUGCUAUCACCAGUCUCUCUCAACUGAAGAAAUCAAGAAAGCCGACUCAACACCGCCCCAAUGAUGUGGUUAAGGCAACUCCUAUUAAAAGUCAAUUUAGAGAUGUACUAGGCACAAGCACGGGCUAUCAGCCGAAUCGUCUCCGAGCUCUGGGCCCUGCUGAACCAAGCAGCACACCCUCAUCUUCCAUGAUUCCUUCUUCCGCCCCAAGAAAACGUACCCACGAAGCAGCAUUUAGUCUAGAUCGACUCCAAACCUCUCCCCGACCGAAGACCUCAACAGGUCAAAUUCAGGCAACCCCUGCUAAGCUCUCAGGCCUACGAAAGACUUCAAUGCCUUUCCCCGAGAUUGACGAAACAGAUAUUCUUGCAUCAUCACCUAUCGUGGCUCGAAAGGUAUCGAUGAUGUCCUUCCGCGACAGUGGAAUUGAAAUGCCUAGUUCUCCGCCUGGCGCGCUCGCGGAAACUCCAGUCAAGCCCCGUACUGCACCCAUCCCAAUAAAGGGGCUUGUGGCAACCACGCCAAACAAACGAAGGAUUCUCGACAAAGAUGUUGCAAAUAUCGCUGAUGCUAGGAAUUCUAAAACCGAAAUAACGAAGGAACCAGAGAGGAAAGUCUCCAUUUUUGAACGGUUAGGUUGGGACGACGAUUUUGACGAACUUGGUUAAGGAAAAGUUCUCGUACCAGAUAAUUCAACGCCACUUGUUGACGACAGAGCUGGAGGAAGUCGAAUUUGAAGGAUAUAUAAGCAAGCAGUGGCAUGACUAAUGACAAAAGACGAAAGAAAUGAUACGACCGCAUUAGAGGCAAUUUAGAUAAAGCAGCAUUUCGAAGCAUUGUAUACUACAAGCGGAAGCGGAAAUGGGCAGGACUAAAGGUUAGGUACCUAGGCACCUGCCUAAUGAUAUACUUAAUAAGAUCCUGAAUUAUUUUAUACCCCUAAAUCUGAGAACCAGGUGCCAGUAGAGCAGUUUUGUGAAGCAGUGUUACUACAAUUGGUUCAUAGGUACCUAGGUACCUAAGUAACGUAUUAGGCGACUUUAAUAUUAAAUUUCAUCUCCAUCGUUUUGUUUUUUGGUUUGUUCCGUAUAUUCCUGCCAGAACAAUCCAGGCUUCGCAUGUGAUUAUCGGAG